CGGAAAAUAAUUUGAUUGUCUUCCCGAUUGAAUUUUUAGCUGAAAUUUGGUAUGAGUUAACUAGAUUUAAUGAAGAAGAUAUUCAAAAAAUUUCAUCAAAAAAUUCCACCGGGAACCGCCCCAAUUGGCGACGGCCGGGCAGAACCUCUUAUAUAAGGGGCUAGUUGAACACUUUAAGUCAGUUCAAGGGUCUAUUUGACCUUUUAGCCUUAUUAAGGUAUCUGCUAAAAAAGGUGAUAAAACUUGAAGGACAAAUAGUAGUAGUAAUAAUAAAUGUCAAAGUGGAGUAAAACACUGUUAAGAGAUAAACACUCGGUGGGUAAUAUUGGAGUUAAGAAUGUGGUUGAGGAGUCACAGGCACACGGUCUGGCCAUUGGUAAAGAGAGGGAGCAGGGAAAAGUGUCUUUCACAACAAAAAACAGGGGCAGUGGGGCCCACGAGGUACCAAUUUUGGGCACAAAAGUUGAGUGCGGCCUGAAACGAUGUGAUGCAUUUGGGCAUGUACGUAUCUAGGGGCAGUCACUAACCUCCCCUUCCUCAUCUCAUUGUGUGGUGACGUCAAUCCCAUUGCCCUUCUCUCUUCUCACUCGAAUCUUUCUACUUUAGGAAGUUUUGUAGAUCGUUUGCCCUUUUGGAUUGAUCUGCUUUCCUGGCCAUGGACACUCACAUUUCUUUCUUUCAUGAAUAAAGUACUGAUCUAUCAACAUCAUCGAAUAGACGGCACGGAGUUUACAUGCCAAGAGAACGACUUCUUCUUACUCAAGAUGGACAACAUUUAUCAAAUGUCCAUGGUUUACAUAAAUAAAACAAUAAAAAAACAAUAAAGUCCUCAAAGAAGGAUACGAAGCAAUAUAAGACGCUUUAUGUUGAGGCAUGUCAGAGUUCAUGCCACCCGUGAUCUGCAAAUGGCCCUCGAGAACAACAUUAGAAAGGCAAAUCUCACCAAGCCCUUGCUAUACGGACCCGAGCUCGAAAAGUAUCCACCGUUCUUAAUUUUUGACGAACUGGUCACGAUAGUUUAUCUCAACCAUGAAGGAGAGAAGCGCUUAAUGAGAAUUGAUGAGAUUGCCAAAUAUUGUAAUGGUACAUUGAAGAUCAUCAGGGACAAGAUCAAGCAAAAGAAAGAUGACAUUGAACGAAGACUUGCUGACGCCUCUGAAGCUGAAAUAUAAGAGUUUGACAGACUGAAGGUGGUGCUAGAUGCAAUCAAAAAGCUACUCGAAAAAAGGAGAAUGUUGCGCCAAUAUGAACAUGCUCUAGCACUGCGCACCAACUACUACAAGAGGAAGAAGAAUCAAUAAGAGCUGACCACGGACAUUUGAUCACGAAGGAGGAGAAUGUUAGAGAUAUUUUUAUAGUUAUGAUUAAUGUACUUAAUUGGACCUCUUUUUAGUAUUUAUUGUGUGUUCAAU